AUGAAUGGGGCCAAGAGAUGCUGUCCUUUUGGAUAUAGUUGCAAAGACGAUAAGGAAUGCGUACUCGACAAAGACCAGGACGAAAGCUAUGCCUUCUUGCUCCCGGUUCCUGAAUAUACAUCAGCCAUAACUUCUGCUCCAACAUCCACAGCUACAUCCUCGUCAACUUCUGAUAUCCUAUCAGUCGAAACAUCAGAAGUGCCUGACAGGGUUUCCCAGCCGCCUUUUGCCUCAACUGAUCCUACGACUUCGACUACAGAAUCAGCCGCCCCAGGUGAUAAGGAAGAGGGGAAGAAGGGCAGCGGUAUAAGCCCAACAGGAGCGGUGACUGCAGGCACUGUUGCUGGCGUCUGCUGUCUGGUUGGAGUAGGCAUAUUUGUAUGGAUGAAAUGGUUCAGAAAGAAGAGAGAUCAAGAAACUCCUGAAAUGUCGUUGGCCCGAGAAUCAUGGGGAUACUUCUCUACAAGAAGUGCGCCAUCAACAUUGCACCUGCACCUGGCUCGUGGCCCUGAUGACAAGUUCAUUGUUACACCAACCACGGCUGGGUUCACACCCUCCUACCCACCGCUGGCCCCAAUUGUAGAGGAGAACCAAAGCCCCGUUGAGCUGCCCGCAACACCCGUGUCGCUCUGUAUGUGGUCGAACUUCGAAAAUGCUGCCGUUGAGGAGCCCAAGUUGGCUUAUGUCGUUCCAGCGAAACGGCAAUGA